AUGGCGCUGGCAUGGGCACAGCGCCAGCAGCAGGACCCUGCCGUCAGCGCAUUGCUUGGCCUUGAAGCAGCCUCGAGCACUCAAGACAGCCAGCCCUCAUCGCAGUGCGAGGGCCUUGCUGGAUACUGCCUCGUCUUCACGCUGGUUCUGCCGGACGGCUUGGGCGACUUGAUCUUUGGGCAGAACGCAGUAGAGGAGCUGCUGGACGUGGGGCCUGUGGCCUGGGUCAGGUGUCACGUCAGCGAUGAGCAGCUCCAGCCGGGGGAGCAGCUCAUCGCGUCCACGGCCCGAAAGCUGCGCUUCAACCUCGCGUCCUCCGGGAAAUCCAGCCUUCACUCGGCCAUCAGUAGGGAACGGCUGGAGCAGCUGUGGGUGGAAGCCAAAGAGCGCUUCUUAGCGCCCUGGAUUUUCGGCCUCUCCGAGAACGACCAGGCGGAACAGCAAGUCCUGCAAACAGGCGAUCUUAUCUAA